UCUCCCGUCGGAUUACAGCCGAGGCAGCACGCCAGGGGACGGUUAUCGAGUCAUAAAACGUCGAAUAAAGCCAAGACUUCCCCCUUCAAGAUAUUAAAGGGAGUGUGCAAUUUCCUUCAGCAUGCCAAGGCAAAGUGAGUAGAGAAGAGACCCUUUUAAUCAAGAAAUGGAUCAGUCUUUGCCAAACCGUCAUCAGGAGAGAGGCCCUCACUACACUGCUGCACCGAUGGGGGCGUUCAGGCAGGGAAAUUUUCCCACACUGGAGAGAGGCGUCAUCAGUGGGGACAAAGUCCAGUUUGGUAGACCACAGCGGCGCACACGUUUGUCUCAUUCUGAGGGCCACAGCUCUGGAGAGGAGUGGUUGAGCAGCUCCAUGGAGGCGAGGGGAUCCUAUGGUCAAAGCCCCGUCCUCCAGGGCAUGCAGGCUGAGGGAGUCUGGCACCAACGCAGUGCCUACGAGCAGGCCGAGAGCAACUACCAACGCCGACUCGCCUCUAAUGGCAACGGACCCCUGUCUUCCUCUCCUAGAAGCCCAAACACCAGGGGCUACAUGACCUUCCAGUCCAACCGCAACCGUGGUCAGCAGCACGAAGGCCGCCCAGUCACUGUGAAGGCCUCUGGCACCCCCCAUCGCCAGUACAGCAGAGGCCGCAAUCGCACCUCCUCUGAGACCGAGCAGGGGGGCAAGGGCAGCAGGGGUCCAACCCAGAGGAGGAGAGGCCUCUCUGAGUCGGAGAGCAGGCCCAGAUGGGACAAUACCAACAUGAGUGGACUUCAGUGCCUCGCCUCGGAGAACAUCUGGUUCGACAAAUACCGCUAUGAUGAAGCGGAAAGGCGCUUCUAUGAGGGACUCAACGGCCCCUCCACACAGCAGCAGCAACAGGACAGAGAAGUUAAUGCCAUUCUGCAGGACAUGGCUAAAUCCCGAAAGAAUAUCCUGCAGUCAUUAAACGGAGCGAAAACGGCCCUGCAGCAGGCUAAAGGGCGCCAGCAGAAACGGCAGCACAGAAACUCAUCCUCACAUGGAGGAGACCAGGAGCUGGUUUCACGCAUGAAGAGCCUGGAGCUGGAGAACCAGACCCUGCACAAAGUGGUGGAGAGCAUGAGAGAAGCCCUGCAGAAGUUGGAGUCCAGAGUUGCUGUACUGGAAAAGACCCCUGCACCAGCAGCCGUCCCCUCUGCCAAGGCUGCUCCAGUCAAAGCUGUCCCUGUCAAACAGGUGAACGGUGAUGAUGCAGAUGAUGACGAUGACUUCGACUUGUUUGGCAGUGAUGACGAAGAUGAGGAAGCAGAACGCCUCAAACAGGAACGCGUUGAAGCCUAUGCAGCGAAGAAAGCCAAGAAACCCGCCCUCAUUGCUAAGUCAUCCAUCCUGCUGGACGUCAAGCCUUGGGACGACGAGACCGACAUGGCGAAGCUGGAGGAGUGUGUGCGUUCAGUGCAAAUGGACGGGCUCCUGUGGGGAGCAUCCAAACUGGUUCCAGUCGGCUAUGGCAUCAAGAAGCUGCAGAUCAACUGUGUGGUCGAGGAUGACAAAGUGGGCACAGACAUCCUGGAGGAGGAGAUCACAAAGUUUGAGGACUUUGUCCAAAGUGUCGACGUUGCUGCCUUCAACAAGAUCUAAGCUUCCCCGGCUUUCAACCUGCUCCACCAAAGUGUCGCUGCUGCUCUCGCCUUGCACAGUUAAUAAAAAUGCAAAGUUUUGAGCACAAAAA